AUGCAACUGUGGUUGGCGGCGUCUUUGGACGCAGCGUACAUCACGAUUGAAGCACAGAAGUCGACCGGGUCAUUGCAUGGGCACUGCCAAUGCUUUGUCCAAUGCUUGCAUCAGCAUACACCACUGCAAGAAAUCUUCCAACUUGGCUGCGACCGGCUAGCCGCUUUACGGGUAGCGUACUUAGAGUACAGUGGCCAUGUCAUGCAUGGCACGUACGCAGGCCACGAUGCGGAAGCCAUAGCCAAGGGCAUUGCCGAUGCAGAAGCUUCAUGGCCUGAACACAAAGACGCGAUGGCUCUGAUCCAGAUCCCCGCCUACCAGCAGCGUCGCGCAUGGGUCGCGCAACAAGCGGCAGAAGAGGAAGGCAGAGCCUGGGCACAGGAGUAUUUGGCACAGGAUGUGAGCACCCUCCAGUUCUUAAAGCAACAUCAUUAUCACCCUCCCAGUGGAGAGACAGGUGACCGCGUGCCCUUGCAUGGCUGCCAAAAAGCAGAUCGCCCCGGAGUAUGCAAAAGCGACUUCCCCCGCGAAGCCUGGGUCACGCCGGUCGCAGCAGUACUGUGCCCAUGCCAAGCCGAAGCUCACGGUAUGGCCACGCAAGGUCGGAAGAACCGCGUUGGAGCAUUGCACGGUCCAUAUGGUAACGAGUGGCUGAAUUGCUGUCACCCAGCAAUGCUAGCCAGUCUACGUGGAGCAAAUGUUGACGUGCAAGUCCCGUACCGGCUCCCGUUCGAUUGCCAGCGAUGUGGGUCUGACCUGUCUGCGGCGCAACGGCAAGCGAUAGUUUGCGCAGCGCAACGGGCACAGGAUGCACAGACGGGGUACUGCGCGGACUACUGCGCGAAGAGCCAACCCAUGGCAUUUCAUGAAAUCAAAGAAAUGCAGAAGGGCCAGCAAAGGCUCCAGCAAAGCAUGCAAAGAGAACCGGUGGAAAAAAUCGGACAGAGAACCGCGACGCGGUUCCUGAGUGAUGCGUACUGCAAAGGCAUCGUGCGCGGGCAGGUAGAAUGUUGCAACCUGCGUGCGUAUCAGAAGGGCAGCUGCGUUGUGGCGGCGGAGCGCAUCAGCACAGCAGCCUUCUGCAGCUUCCCUGGUCGAGCUUUGUUGCAGGCUGUCAAUGUAGCCGUCGGCGAAGAGGCAGUGGGGAACUCGGGCAGCAGAUACGUGUGGGGCAAGACAGGGCCCGGAGGCCGGCAAAGCUUACGGGAAGUGAACCCUGCGCACGCGUAUGGCCACAGACCGUCGCGCCCGGACAUAUGGUGUUUGUCUCCGUACGAAUUUACGACAACGUGGGAGCUGGAGCCGCUGCGGAUUCCACGGACACGUAGUGAGUGGCAACAGCUGCGCGGCGCGCACUCGGAUGUGACCUUGACAGCCAGGGGCGCCGCAAAAUGCGGCGCGGCCGGGGCAGACAACUGCAAGGUGCGGCUGCUGCCAGGCGUCGACUUCAGAAGAGCAAAAGGCGCAGAAAGCCGGAACAAGGCGUAUUAUCCGUCAAGCGCCGGAAACGCGCUGUGCCACGCCUGGUGUUUGCGUCGCAAAGCCCGACCACAGUGCCCCCAGAUGGCCAGCGCGCCGGUGCCGAAUAGAACGGGCGAAGACACGGAGAGCAAUGCGAAGAUGACGAUGACGUAUUUUCGGGCAUGGACACUGGACAAAAAAACGUGGUUGCUAAAGCUGCCAUGUGCCGAGACAAAGCAAUACGUGGGCAACUUCUUGAGCGUGUACCGCGUCCGGCCGGAAACCGAGCUGGACAAUAGCGACAACGAGGACGACAAGGAAGAGCUGGUUGUGACAGAAGAGUUGUUAGGCAUCGCCUGCCAAACACAUGUGGCAGUGGAAGAAGACCGCAACAAAGAAAGCAAGUGGUCCAAACAUCGACGUUUGCUCGUGGACGCGUUACAGCGCGCCGAACAGCACUGGGGUGGCUGCGGCGUAGCGACGAGUGCACCGGGAGAAGUGGAAAACCCAUACGCGACAACCGACACAAAGGGCGUCGUCAAAGGUUUGCAUCGCUUGGCGGAGGCCCCCGCUGGGAACGCAACGCAGACGAGCCUAGAGCCGAGCGUGACGCGACGGCCCGGCCGGUUGCAGGACACCCUGGCGGCAAUCGACCGAUGGAGCAGCGCGGUUGCCGACGGCCCAUGCAACCGCAAACAGGCCGAACUGUGUCAGCGCGUUGCGCAACAGGUCCGCGCAGAGCUGCUGGCAGAAGCCGGUGCCAGGCCGCAACCACUGCGUUGGGUGGUGCACGGGGGUCCCGGCACGGGUAAGUCGCACACGUUGAAAUUGAUCCGUCGUGAGCUCUUUGAGGGUAUCGCCGGGUGGACGCAUGGCUCGCAAUACCGCGUUGUCACGCUGCAGGCGGUGAUGGCCAAGGAACUGGACGGCGAUACCAUUCAUCACGCGAUGGGCUUAAAUUGGCAAGGCGCGUCCGACGACAGGAUCAGCGGAAGGAAAUUCCUCGACCUCAGUGCGAAGGCCGUGCAAUGGCGGUGGCUGAUCAUUGAUGAAAUAAGCAUGGUAAGCGCUGAGCUGCUGGCAAGAAUGGAUUUACGAUGCCGAGAGCUAGUGCGCGAUCUAGCGCAGAGCAAGUACGCCCCGGGCAGCGCACACGCGCAGCCCUUCGGAGGGUUGAACGUACUAGUGGCAGGUGAUUUAUGGCAAUUGCCACCACCACGCGGAACCUUUUCGGGGGAAGUGCCUUGGGAAAUGCUGACCAAGGGGAGCAGCAAAAAAGUCGCCCACACCGUGCAUGGGCAAAAGCUUGUGUGGGGCUCGCAGACGGAGAACAGCAUCAUCCACGGCAUCACAGAACUCGAGCAAUGUGAGCGCACGCGAGACACAUGGCUGCAGACGCUGCAGCAGCAGAUUCGGGAAGGUGCCUUGAGCGCCGACAAUCACGCCUUCCUCCAUGGGCACGACACAGGUGUCCCGGGAAGUUGGUCUGGCGAAAAAUUGGACUGCGAAAACGCAGCGUGCCAGCAACUGCUGCAGAGGAAAGUCAUCCCUGCUCGCAUUCGCAGACUCGAGUGCAAGCAAUGCCAGCACGAACGCGCCUCGAAAAAGCGAGUGUUGGAAGGAAACAUGAGGGGUGAUGAGCAAAGGAAGCUAGAGCAAGCAAAGGCUGUGUUUGCGACGAAUGCGGUGAAGUACCACGUCAACAAGCUGCGGGCGCUAAACUGGGCACGCCAGCACGGGCAGGCGGUCAAAUAUGCCAUUGCAAAAGACACAAUUUCCAGCCGGGCGUUGCAAGAAAAACCGGACUUGGGCAAAGACAAGUUGACAUGGCUGCAACGUCACGAUCAGGACUGUGGCGGGCUGUACGGGGUUUUGCCCUUGUGCAUCGGCAUGCCGGUCACGGCAACCGAUCACUUGGAUCGCCGCAGAGGCAUACUGAAGGGAUGUCCGGGCACAGUUGUUGGAUGGAGCUGGCAUGAAGCAGCGGGCGCCGCAGCAGGGAGUACGACACAGAUUUGGAAUGAGCUCCCAAGUUGUGUCUUUGUCCGGUUCCAGACCAAGUCAGAGUGGCGAGUGCAGGGGCUGGCCACGGACAACGUGUUUCCGGUGACGCUCCAACGGCAAGCGUGGCAUCUGGACAAAGGCCGAAAGCGGCCCAUGCUGCGGGUGGUGCGACGGCAAUUUCCGUUGGCACCCGGGUUUGCCACCACGGCGCACGCAGCGCAGGGCCAAACUUACGCAGAAGGGGCAGUCACGGACAUGCAGAUCGGCGAAGGCGGAGACCCGCUGACCGCAUACAUCGCUGUGACGCGAGUGAAAGAUAGACACGGGUUACACAUAUACAGACCAUUCGAUGCUGCGCCCUAUCAGAAAGGACGCAGCGUAGGGAGAGCUUUGCUGUUGCAGGCCUGGCGCGGAGAGAGCAUUGACUGGGCAACGUUGCGCAUGCGGCACCGCGAGGAGGAAGUGUGUAGCGAGUGCCGCGAAAGCAAACCCAGAAGCGGGUACAGCGCCGGGCAAUGGAAACGGGACGCGGACGCACGUGUGUGCAGAGAAUGCGUGCGCAACUACGCGGCCAACAACACGCCCUGGCAAUGCAACAGUUGCAAGGCAUGGAAGCACGAAGACGCCUUUGCUAGAAUGUACACGCGCCCCGCAUGCACGUUCUACCGCGUGUGCCAGACGUGCGAGGCACAGAAGCGGUGCUACAAGUGCGGUACGGCCAAGCCGGAAAGUGCAUUCGGGGCGGCCGCGUGGACAGGGCGCCAUGCACACCGACGUGUCUGCAGGGACUGCGCCAUGAAAGUGAAGGGUGCAUGGCGCUGCGCCGUGUGCGCGGAACGUAAGGCGUGCAAUGACUUCAGCGCCUGGUCCAGGCAGCGCACUGCGCCGCAAAACGGAACGCAGCGUUGCAACGCUUGCGUCCUCAGCGCGGCCCAGCGCGCAGCAGCGCAGCGCGCAAACGACGGACGUGCGCGGUGCAGAGGACGGCCUGCCCGGGCGGAUGCACCGGUCGACA